AUAUCUGACCGUUUCUGGUUCUUUAUUUAUAUACAAAACGGGGCGGGAGCUUAAGGUUUCUUCCACAGUAAAUUUGGAGUGCUUUCCUCGGAAGGAGCAAAAUCCGAGGAAGUGAAAGUUGGAAUCGGAGAGUAUACUGCGACCUCAUCUAAAAAAUCGCUUGCUUCCCUUCGCAAAUGGCAUUGAACUCUGAAUCAACGGAAUCAUUCAAGCCUUACGAGCUCAAGCAAACCCUAGCCGGCCAUAGAAGCGCCAUCUCCAGCGUCAAGUUUUCCGACUGUGGCCGCUUUCUCGGCACAGCCUCCGCGGACAAGACCGCGCGCGUUUGGUCCGUCUCCGACGGCGCACUCGUCCACGAAUUCCAGGGCCACGAGCAGGGCAUAUCCGACAUCGCCUUCUCCUCUGACGGUCGGUACCUUUCCACGGCAUCCGACGACAAGACCGUCCGCCUCUGGGAUGUAACCACCGGCUCCGCCGUCAAAACCCUCACCGGCCACACCAAUUACGUCUUCUGCGUCAACUACAACUUCCAGUCUAACAUGCUUGUGUCUGGUUCUUUCGAUGAAACGGUGAGGAUUUGGGAUGUCAAGACAGGGAAGUGCCUCAAGGUGUUGCCUGCUCACUCCGAUCCUGUCACCGCGGUGCAUUUCAGUCAGGACGGGAAACUGAUUGUGUCUAGCAGCUACGACGGGUUGUGUAGGAUUUGGGAUGCUUCAACUGGGCAUUGUAUAAAGACAUUGAUUGAUGAUGAAAACCCGCCUGUCAGUUUCGUCAAGUUUUCACCGAAUGGGAAGUUUAUUCUGGUCGGAACUUUGGAUGAUACAUUGCGCCUUUGGAACUACUCCACUGGUAAAUUCUUAAAAACAUACAGUGGGCAUGUAAACUCUAAGUACUGCAUAUCUUCAACGUUUUCCAUCACGAAUGGGAAGUAUGUUGUAAGUGGUUCCGAGGAUAAUUGUGUGUAUAUUUGGGAGCUUCAGACAAGAAAAAUUGUUCAAAAGCUUGAAGGUCACAGUGAUGCUGUUAUAUCAGUUGCAUGCCACCCAAAUCAGAACAUGAUUGCUUCUGGUUCACUUACAAAGGAUAAGACAGUAAAGAUCUGGACUCAGGAGGAUUAGUUUGUUUCCAUAUAUAACAAAGUUUUGUAGGCCAAAACAAUGCUCUUUUUUGGAAGAGGAGUUUGAGGAUGAGUUUCCAUGAGAUAUGAUUGCAUUUUCCCAAACAGCGCACAGACCUGCGAUAUGGCUAAAUUUCCUUGGCCAAAUAAUUAUAGGAGUAUGUUUAGACUUGGGUAAAUAUCAUGUAAGUGAUAUCCGUUGUUUAUUCUCACUUUGUAGUGUGGAAUUGGCCAACUUUACCCCCUUGGGUAAAUCUUUACUUGAACAUUUUGACACAAUUGUCAACUCAAAAGUUUUGUGAACAUUUUGACACUGGGCAUGUUAUUCGGUAGCUUAUUUUCUUUUAUACGGAGUAUUGUUUUAAAAAAUUGUCAACUC